AUGAAUAUGCUCAUCAAAUUCCAAAGCGUGGACCCCGAUGCAUAUUUACGCAAGAACCCAUCUGAUAUACUCGCUUUACUUUUGAAUGAAUCUGAUCUUUCUAAUUUGGAUAUCAAUCUAUUUUUGGAAGAAAGUUAUGUUCAAGAUGAUAAACCAAAUAAGCAAGAUUUUCUGAACGAAAUAGAUGUCACACCUGAUGCGAUUAUUCUUCAAUCAUCUCUCAAUAUCAAAGCGUGUGCUGAUAUUCCAGCUCUACGACGAAUCAUAGAAAAAGAAAAACUUGUUGGCGAACCGUACAAUUCAUUGUAUUCACCAAAGAUUAUUAAUUUACUAUACAGAUGGUUUGCUUAUAUCCCGUUCUGGUCAUGUAUAAUGACUAAUUUCUUUGAAAGAUAUGCUAAAGAUGGAAAGAAUGUCUCAACAAGUGAUUGGGAAUUUGGACAUGGACGAGUUUCAAAUGCUACAGUCGAGAAAUGUUUUCGCACUGUGAAAUCAUCUGUUCUCGAAUACAAGAUCAAUCUUCGACCUGCUGACUUUUUAAUGCGAACUUAUUCGCAUACACUGUCGCGUAUGAAAGGUGAUAAAUUUGGUGUCGCUCAAUCGUCACGUGGUAGAAAAAAAGCACUAAGCAAAGCAGAUGAUUUGAAUGCGAAAGAAACAUGGUGGCGCCGUGUUCAAUCAAAGACAAAAAAUGGUCGUCGUGCAUAUUAUUUUAGUAAUAAAGUGAGCCAGACAAAUGCAUGUAAACUAUCGUGA